GUGACCAGUACCUUAUAUUUUUGUCGUAUUAUGUAAAAAAUUGUUGGGGGUGAAAGAUUUUGUUCUAUUAAUCGUUGUAUUGCUGAAUACCGAAGCGAGGAAAUCUUAAUAUGUAAAAUUGAGAUCAGUGCCUUAUAUUUUUUGUUGUAUUAACGAAAUCUUGUUAUGCAAAAUCUUGUUAUAUAAAAUUGUUGGUGGUUCUUACCAGACAUUAAUUAAUGUUAUGUAGUGAAAGAUUUUGCUCUAUUAAUAUUAAUUCGUAGUAUGUAAAAAUGUGACUAGAGCCUUAUAGGUGUUGUUGUUGAGGAAAAAUGUUUAUUAAUCGAUCAGUAUGUGAAUACCGAGACGAGAAAAUAUGUAAAAAUAUGGAAUAUGAAUUGGAGAUACUUUUCCUCGUACGAAAUACACCUGGUACUUCUGCAGCUGUGAAUGACUCUGAGAGAGCAGGUACUUCACAUAAUCCAGGGAGUAAUGACGCACAUCCUGUAGGUGCGAUCGAGAAUGAACCUGAGAGUGCAGGUUGUUCUGCUAGUGUUGGUACCUCACAACACGGAGGUGCAGCCUGGAAUGUGGAUACAUCUGUCACCGUUAAUGAAGAUGAGAGAGCAAGUAUCUCACAUAGUCUGGGGAGUAAUGUCGCACACAACAGUGUAGGUGCGACCGUGAAUGAAGAUGAGAGGGAAGGUACUUCACAUGAUGCGCCUGUGAAUAUGAACGAUGAACAUCCAGAAAUUAUCACAUACGUCCAGAAUUUUAGAGGGUUGCAGGAUUGCCAGAUAUCUCUGUUUCCAUGCCCGAGGGACUGUCCUGUCCAGGAGCUGAACCCGGGACCUCUCUUCAACGUCUUAUAGAUACAUCAAGAAUGAGAAAGGAUUUAUUAAAACCACCAAAGAUCCUUUCCUAAAAAAUCUCACACAUUUGAAUCAAGACAGAGUGAUUUGUACAUUCACCAAAUUGAAAUUAGAAGUUAAACAACCACUAUCUCGGUUUUCAAAUUCUUGAGAUUGCCAAAAAGAAAUUGUAUUAUUUUUUAUAUAAAGUUUUAAAACAACAUUAUGGUGAUGACGUAAAACUCCUGUAUACACACACCGAUUCGUACAUUUUUAACUUGAAAUGCAAAGAUUUGCGUGCUGAGUUAAAAAGAGAACCUUUGUUAGGAUAUAUGGAUUUUUCAAAUUUCAGUCCUGAUCAUCCCUUGUAUGAUAAUAGUAGGAAAGGUGAGAUAGGUUUAUUGAAUUCUGAAAUGUGUGAAUAUAAUAUUAGUGAGUUGGUAGCUCUGAAAGCUAAAAUGUAUUCUGUAAAGAUUGUUGGAAUAUCAAAUACUGUCAGUAGAGCCAAGGGUAUCCCGUCACAGUUCACGCCAUUAUUAACUCAUGCAUGAUAUAAGAAUCUUUAAAGAAAUGUAGAUAGGGAAGUAUUCACUUGUAAGUCUAAUAGCAAUGUAAAAGGUGAAAUAUGUACAGUAAAGAAUAAAAAGAGAGGAUUGUCAGCCUUUGAUGAUAAAAGGUAUCACUUGAAUACUAAGCAAUCCUUGGCUUAUGGUCACCCUGAUAUUCCACCAUCUUAACGUAGCAGAACAGUGGGAUCCCACAAUGUUUUCCCAUGUUGAUGAUUUUAGUUGUAUAUAAUCUUUUGUAUUAACGAAAAAUUGUGUUACCAGAAAUUUGUUGUAUAUGAAAAUAAAAAUAAUGAAAAUAUUGUGUAUUAGUGUUAUCCUGCAUUUAAGUUAAUGAGAGGAUACAGAGUGACCCAGCUUGAUGAACCUGAACACAUCUGUUGACCUGUGUUUACUUGUGAUGACGUCAUGGGUGGCUAUCACGUGACGUCACACCUGGCAUGAACAAACAUGUUGUACUCCCGUAGGGGUGGUUACCCAUGGGGUGGAUGUACAAACGUGAUGCAAUAUUCUGGGUAGUGGGGUCACGCAUGUUUAAGUCAAUAAGAGGAAGUUACUUGUUUCAACCUGUACUACCCAAGGGGGGAGACCAUGCCCCAUAGGGAGAACCUUUACCAUACCCCCCACACCAUUCUGAAUGCUUACUC